UUGGAAACUGUCCCAAGACAGGCCCCCAAGACAGCGGCGGUUGCACACCACACACCACCAACCAACAACGACUUGUUCUUCGCUCACAUCACAUCACUCACAUCACUCGCUGCUGGGCCUCUCACCCCCCCCACACGCCCUGCUCCGUUCACUCACUCACAGGACCCACUUGUCACACCAUUGCGCGACCAUGCGUGUAAGAUGGCUGCCGGUAGCAGCAGGUUGGGCGGUUGCAGCAGUUGUGUUUGGGCUGCUGGCGUUGGCACACGAGAACGUCGCUGGAAACUUAGACGUUGGCCUGGAAUCUGCUGACCUGGGCGAUACAAUCGAGCUGAGCGACGACGACCUGCCGUACGUACACCCCCAGUUCAAGAGCCAAAGCGACCGGCGCGUGGCAGUUCCGCUGCCGGCGUCGGUCACCUUCGACCGCCCGCCGGACCCCACAGAGGAGCAGCUGCGCACCAUGCGCAUUGGCGUGGCGUCGCUCGCCGCGCCGCUCACCAGGGAGCACGCCAGCAAGGUGGCCAAGUACGUGUAUUCCAUGUGCCUCAUGUUCCAGAGCUUUCGCCAGCACACGCGGUUCCAGAACGUGGAGUACGUCCUCAUCACACGCAACACCUCCUGGGCGUUCACGGACGAGACGCAUCGCAUCGUGCGUGCAUGCAACAUGAGGGUUGUCGAGCGCCCGCUGGCCAUCAAGACCAAGUACGUCACCGACCCGUACUUCAAGACCGUGCUGCACGACAAGGCGCUCGCUGGCAUCGGCCUGCUGGACUACGACUUUCUUUGGCCGUGGUCCUUUGACCAGUACGACAAGGUGCUGGUGGUCGACUCGGACACAUUCUUCACCAAGAGCAUCGACCACCUCUUCACCCCGGACGUGGACAUGGUGUUCACCAACGGGCCAAAGAGCCACGUCAACGGCGGCAUGCAGGUCAUCCGCCCAAACAAGCGCACCUUCCUGGACAUGCGCAACCGCAUCAUCGCCCCCAACGCCUACCACCGCGAGACCGGGUGGUACAACCACGGCUUCAUCCCGCCAGACCAGUACGGGUCUGCCACCCUGCAGGGGUUCCUCACCUACUACUUCACCGCGGUCAACACCAACGUGCUGCAGGUGCCGCGCUGCCUGUACAACUACCAGUUUGACCACCUCUCCGUUGCCGAGACGUCGGACUGCGACGCCGUGUACAUGUUCCACUUCACCGCGUGCCCAAAGCCCGUGACCAAGACGGUGGCCCAGUUCCGCGUGAUCAUGCGCCGCAAGAACAAGCCCCCGAUAUGCGAGUGCGCGUUCAUGCGCUACAAAGAGUUUCAGCGAAAGGUGAUGGAGGAGCUGCCGGAGCUCGGGGAAAUCUUGCGGCAGCACGGCGAGGUGGCUGUGUGACAGCAGACAGAUAAUGUGAGGGAGGGUGGUGGUGGUGGUGGUGGUGGUUGGCAUGGUGUUGUGGUUACAGGUGUGGUGGUGGUGAUGGUUGGUGCUCGGGGAGUAAGGGGGUGACACUGACGUCGAUGGGAGUGAUGAAAUACCCUUUUGUUGAACAAUGUGAUGGACAUCACAAUCAUGUUGUUGUGUGAAGACAUGCCUGUUGGGUUAGCCAACAGGGGACAAUGGCCUGUGUGUCGUGCGUGGUUUUCGUGUGGGGCCGAGCCAUGACAUGUUCGUGUCUGCGGCAACCUGUGCCGGCUGUCUCUCUCGCCUCCUUCCUCUGUGUGCAUCUCACAUCACCGUGCCUGUGCUCCUUUCCAGCUGUUUGCAUUGCGCUGUGCUCGCUGAAUUUGUUACGCCCGAAGUACACAACUAACGCUC